AUGGCUGCUGCACAAGGCCAAAAGAGCGCCAUACUCUACCAGAGCGCCGACCGUGAGAUCACCCUCGUUGACAUCCCCGCAUCCAUUGCCACCGCUCAAGGCCGCUGUGACACCACGCUCCUAUCUACUUCACCACUAGAGCAUCCAAUCCACUUCAAGGAAGACUACCAAUCAAAGGCAGGCAAAAGCACAGCGGUCUCGUCGAUCGAUACAGUGCACCAUGAGUUAUAUAAGUCGUUGAUCCAGCAAGCUCUGCUUGACAUCAGUGCUCACGUUCUGGGGUCGUGGUGUGCUCCGCGGGAAAUACUCCCUCAGCUGUCACAACACGGUAAACACACCAGGGAGACCGAAGACCCAGAGAGGGAGUUGGAGAGACGAUUUCGAGAAUGGGCUACUUUCGCGGAGACGGCCAUUGACGACACCUUAUUUGACUUCCAGACCAUGAUGGCAUCUCUGGGCGCGCCAGAGGUUCAGGCACCAACUGCAGGACAUUCUGCACAGCCGUGGGCGGUGAGAUACUUCCCUGGGUCUGAGAAUACAGCUCAAUCCAGCGCAGCGACAGCAGACUGGAUACCUGCAUUCCACAACGCAGACAACCACUCAAUGGGCCUGAGCAUCACCCAAGAAAGAGUCGAGAAGGAGCGUGCUCUCCAAAGAUACUAUUUUACCAUACCGGCCCGGUCUACGUUCUUCCUCGGGGACUGCAGUCGUCCAGAAGCUUUCCGUUCGCUCUUCCGUAAGAUGACAGAUGAGCACAACCUUCCAAGACACUUCGACUUGAUCCUCCUAGAUCCCCCGUGGCCGAACCGGUCUGCUAAGCGUAAAGGAGCCUACGAGCAGAUCGGAGGUAUGCCGUACUUGAAGAAGAUGUUGUUCAAAAUGGACGUGGACAACUAUCUCGAGCAGAACGCUCUUGUGGGCAUUUGGAUUACCAACAAGCCAGCUCUGCGAGAUCAUGUGCUCGGACCAGGCGGACUGUUCGAGACGUGGAACGUUGGAUUGGUGGAGGAGUGGAUCUGGGUCAAAACGACUACAAGAGGAGAGCCAAUGUUCGAUAUUGAUGACCCAAUGCGCAAGCCGUACGAGGUUCUCCUCUUGGGACGAGCAGCGCCAAAUGCGUGGACCAGGAUGACGCAUGUGCCCAACGCUAGAAGGAGGGUAAUUGCUGCAGUGCCGGAUGUACAUUCGCGGAAGCCAUGUCUGAAGGAGAUGCUUGAACCCUAUAUGCCCGACCCAGAUGACUACAGUGCUCUUGAAAUCUUCGCCAGAUAUCUCGUGGCUGGGUGGGCGUCUUGGGGAAACGAGGUGUUGAAGUACAACUCGGACCUAUACUGGACAAAAGGUGAGGGCGAGCAGUAA